AUGUCCACCGCUGCUCAAACGACGGCCGGCAGGCGCUACGCCGACGCCGACCCGCACGAGCUGCAGCAGCAGCAGGGCGAUGGACCCGUGGUCGACGCCGGCAGCAGCGGCGGCGGCACAGGUCACGGUGACCUUGAAGAAGACCACAACGACCCCAACCACGACAGCGACGGCAAGGCCAAAGAAGACGAAGGUGAGCAACCACACGACAAGGACCAAGAGACACACCAUCGACUGGUGGACUAUAGUAGCGGCCAUGGCGAUGACGGUGAUGAUGGUAAUGGCGAUGAUGGCGAUGAUGAUGAUGGGUUCAUGUCACGAACACGAGGCGGAGGCGUUGACGGUGGUGGUGAGCCCAAGGGACCACCGCAGGCGUGCCUGUUCGUGGCCAGUCUGUCGCCGGACACGUCGGAGGACGCCCUGCACGAGCUGUUCGCCACCCACGGCGAAGUCCUCAAGAUCAAGCUCAUGAAGGACCGCUCCUCCCGUCCCUACGCCUUCGUCCAGUACUCCAGCACGGAGGAGGCCAACAAUGCGUUGCUGCUGACCAACAACGUGGCGCUGGACGGCCGUCGACUACGAGUGGAGAAGGCCAAAGUCAAUCGCACACUCUUCAUCGCCAAGAUGAACCGCUCCCUCACCAAUGUGAAAUUGAGGGAGGCGGUGGAGUGCUAUGGGCCGGUGGAGAUCGUGACGGUCAUCAAGAACCACCAGACCCAGAAGAGCAAGGGCUGCGGCUUUGUCAAGUUUGUCUUCCGGGAAGACGCCAUGGCCGCCUAUCUCGGCCUGAAGAAUCAGUUCCGGAAAUGGGUGGUGGAGUGGGCCACGAGCAGCAACGACCCGGACGUGCUGGGCGUGGACAAGUACAACGUGUUCGUCGGCGGGCUCAACCCGCUGCUGGUCACCAAGGCAGCCCUCGAGGAGCGGUUCGGGGCCUACGGCCAAGUCGACGCGGUCACCCUCAUCAACCGAGACGAAGCCCAGGAGAACUCCAUGGCGCUCCCGCGAAAUGCGUUUGCCUUCGUCCGAUUCCGACACGCCUCGUCGUCUGCGUCGGCCAUCGAGCAUGAGAACGGAGCCGAGUGGUUGGAGCGGAGGAUACGAGUGCAGUACUGCGAGUCGCUGGAGAUGAAGAACAAGCGACGGACGCAGAAGUACUUCAGCAGCCUGGCCACCGGUGGCAACCCCUACCUCCCCGGCCCCGGCCCCUACUACGCCACCAGCUUCCCCUACCCCGUCCCCAUGAUGAUGGGCGGAAUGCCGGUCUACAUGGGUGGGAGCGGAGGCGCGGUAGCGUCGCCCCAGCGAUAUCACGGCGGCGGAGGAGGCGGCGGGAGGUACGGCUACGGCGGCGGCGGCGGCGGCGCGGGCCAGCAGAGCCCGUCGGCCGAGGUCAUGGCGCCCAACUACUACCCGGCUGGCCGGCGGGCCUCGUCGUCCGCGGGCUUCGCCCCGUACGGGGCCUACCCCCAGGGCCAGCCCAUGGCCAUGCCGCUCGGCUACUCCCCUUCCUGGAUGUAUGACACGGCACAAAGUCCGCAUACGCUCGAUGAGCAGGGCUUCGACGUGGACGAGUGGCAGCAGCAGCAGAUGGCAUCUGGCGACCCGACGAUGUACCAGCAGCAGCAGGAGCUGGGUGAGGAGGAGGCAGAGCAGCAGCAGGCCUACAUUGUAGAGGGCUGA